AUGGGUCUGCUUCGGAAGAGUUUCCUAUGGCCAAAGGUUUUAGACAAGGCUAUAUCUGUGGAGGCGGGGAUUUUCAAUUUAAGAACUGCUAUUUUGGCUUUUGAUAGCCUUGUUAAUUACCUCGGUACUCUUAAAGAUACCGUUGAAUUACGCGACAAAUUGCAUAAGACAAGGCUUGAUAUUGAGCAAUUGGUCGAAGAGUCUUCAGCUAAACUAAGGGAAUCAAGAGAAGCUGAUCAAGAUGCAGAACCCUUAAAGAAAUCUACCGAUGACAAGCUUGCAGUAGAUUUUCAAGAAACUCUUGAAGACUCCCAUAAGGUUCAAAGGCUUGCAGCUGGGAGGGAGACAGUAGUUUCAACUGCUGUCCCCGAAGAAGUUCUUCCUUCCAGUUACGAUGUUUAUGAGCUGGAGAAAAAUCCAUCCAAAAGUCUUGCACAUCAACAACUUCUGGUUACAAAAAAAGUGGCCAAGAAUCGUGAGGAAGAAGCUGAGAAACGGGCUAAAGCCACAGCUCACAGGGCUAAGUAUGGCCGUCAAUCCAAAUCUGGGGAAAACGAGAUCAAAAAAACUUUGAAAAAUCCAGUUAAGAAGGCGAAUCGUGUGGAGAUUUUGGUGCCGAAGGUGACGGAAGCUGAGCUACAUAAACAUACAGAGGAGCAACAGGCGCCGACGUUGAAGAAAGUGGAAAAGGAGAAGGAGAAGGAGAAGGAGAAAGAGAAACAUAGUAUGACUGCGGCGGAGGAAGAGUAUGAGAGGAUGCUGUUGGUGACAAAAAAGAAUAGGGAUGAUUUCUUGGUUAAAACAAGGAACGUGGAAGAGACAUCUGCGCAGAGUUCUAAGGCGGUUAACCAAUCACCCAAUCGCCAUGAUUUUAAUUACUGGUGGAAGAAAGACUAUCCAAAAAUCAGUAAUGGAUAUGGAUCUGGCUGCUUUACGUUAUACAUUGAGAACUUACCAGAGAAGAUCCAUUGGAAGAGAUUUGGAUCUUUAUUUUGUCCAUUCGGUCAGGUUAUGGAUGCUUUCAUUCCAACCAAAAUAAAUUCGAAGGGGAUUCGUUUUGGAUUUAUUAGCUUUGCAACAAUUGGAGAAGCCAUGAAAGCGAUCUCAAUGAUGAAUGGAGCUCGCAUUGAUGGUAGAAUAAUUGAAGUCUCUUUUGCUAAAUUCAACCCAAGACAUUCUUUUUGGAGAAAGUCUUCGUCAGUUGUUCAUCAAAAGCCUGAGAGGGAAGAUGUUACAAGAAAUAAUCUCUAUUCAGUAGACGGUGUUGUUGACCAAACUAAACUUCAAGUUUUGGAUAACUGCCUAAUGGGGUGGUGUAAGGACUAUACCAAGAUCGGCAAUCUUGCUAGCCAAAUGCAAGAUAAAGGACUCAAUGGUUUCUCGUUAAUGAGAGCUGCUGGGAAUGUAGUUCUCAUGAUAUUCGAGGACUCUGAUAUGUUGAAUAGGGUGAAGAAUGAACAAUCAGAGACUCUUGCUGAGUGGUUUUCCAGAGUUGAAGCUUGGUCGGAGAGUCUAGUUGUAGAGUGCCGUCGAGUAUGGGUAGUUUGCGAAGGGAUUCCAUUUCACGCGUGGAAUUGA